AUGGCUGACCCUGCCAAGGUGUCACAGCUUUUUAAAACCUUGCACAGGACUGGACAGCAAGUUUUUAAAAACUAUAUCACGGGGCCGCUAGCAUUAGAAGCAGCAAGAAAAAAGAUAAAUGAAGAAUUCAAAAAGAAUAAAAGUGAGACUUCACUGCAGGUAACAGAAAAAUUUAUCAAAAUAGGUUCUGAUGUUGAAUUAAUACUCAGAAAAUCUGUCAUACAAGGAAUUCACACAGAUCACAACACUUUGAAAUUAGUUCCUAGGAAAGACCUUCUUGCAGAAAAUAUUCCUUACUGUGAUGCACCUGCCCAAAAGCCAUGA